UCGUGUUGCUGCAGUGUCAAACCACAGGACCGUUAGAGGAAGAGGAAGAGAGGCGAGCUGCAGUUGUUCACACUAACACUCAGAGUCAGAGGGAAAACAGAAGCGGAGGUGUUGGAAUAACUGGAAGAAGGAAAAAAGAAAAGAGGAACAACACAAACUGUGUCAUAUGAUUUAAAAGAAGAAGAUGAGGUCGUUUGUUGGUCUGAUCUUCAUCUGUCUGCUGUCGUCCGUCUGCAGCAACUCUCCGUCUCCUCGUCCUGCAGAGGAAUGUUCCAGCAUGUCUGUCCGUCUGCGGGCGUUCAAGCUGAAGACAUCAUGUAACUUCACGACUCUGAAGGAGAAGCAGCUGAAGGAGAUCCAGGCUCCAAGCACCACCCUGUACCUGCCGGUGCUCUACCUGCUGGCGUUCAGCGUGGGUCUGCCCUCCAACCUGCUGGCUCUCUGGGUUCUGCUGUUCAGGACCAAGCGGCUGCCGUCCACCAUGCUGCUCAUCAACCUCACCAUUGCCGACUGCCUGCUGCUGCUGGCGCUGCCGUUUCGCAUCGCGUACCACUUCAGGGGGAACAACUGGGAACUGGGCGAGCCUUUCUGUCGCCUUAUCAUGGCCAUGUUCUACGGCAACAUGUACGGCUCUGUGUUGUGUCUGGCGCUGGUGGCUCUGGACCGCUACGUUGCUUUAGUUCACCCGUUUGGAGCGAGGAUGCUGCGCGGCUGGCAGACGUCUCUGUACAUGACGGCGGCGGUAUGGGUGGUGGUGCUGGCCGCCAUGCUGCCGCUGCUGGUGUCACAGCAGACCUACGUGCUGGACGAGCUGCAGAUCACCACCUGCCACGACGCGCUGCCCGAGGAGGAGCAGGAGAACUUCUUCCUGCCGUACUUCGCCACUUUGUUCACUUUCUGCUUUCUGCUGCCCUUCAUCGGGAUUCUGUUCUGCCACGGCGCCGUGCUGCGCACCCUGCUGGCCGAGGGGAAGCGUUAUGGUCACGCCGUCCGGGUGACGGUGCUGGUGCUGGUGGUGUUCAUCGUGUGUCUGCUGCCCAGCAACAUUCUCCUCCUCCUCACCUACGCCGACAGCUCACUGGACGGAGACGGUGAGGACGUCUAUGUCCCCUAUAUGGUUAGCUUAGCAGUUAGCACCUUCAACAGCUGCAUUGACCCGUUCAUCUUCUACUACGUGUCGAUGGAGUUCAGGGAGAAGGCGGCAGGCGCUCUGUGUUGCCGUGGAGAUGCGGAGAACAAACCAUCCUCUAUGGGGAACAAUGUGUCGUACUCAUCAUCGUCAGGCCUGAGGUCAAAGGUCACCCUGCUGUCCAUAUCCAGUCAGCGUGGGACGUGUGAGGGGGGGGGCAGUGUGAGAAUGAGAGUUUAUCUGUCUGACACACUGAUGGUCACAUGACGCCCAGCCGUCACUCAAAUAUCUGUUAUCAAUAAACUGAUCUUCAUCUGACUCUUUAAACAUAUACAUACAUAUUUAUGAAAAUAUAUAUUAACACAAGAUAUGAAGGCUGAAUUGAUUCCUGAGGAACUGAUUGAUUGUUGAU